AUGUCUGUCUCUACAAUCAACCCCUUUGCGAACCCGCGCAUCGGUGUUGCGGCGAUUGUCCAGCGCAUGGAUGGCAAGAUUGUGGUCGGCAAGCGGGAGAGUAGCCACGGCGCAGGUACAUGGCAGCUCCCCGGCGGCCACCUCGAAUUCAAAGAGUCCAUCUUUGGCUGCGCGGAGCGCGAGACGCUGGAGGAGACGCAGCUGAAGGUCAAGGCGAGCAAAAUUGUGGGCGUGACGAAUGAUGUAUUUGAGGAGUUGGGAAAGCACUACGUGACGCUGUUUGUGAGGUGUGAGAUGGAGGAUGAAGCGGCUGAGCCGGUUAAUCUGGAACCUGAAAAGUGCUCAGGGUGGUACUGGAUGUCGUGGGAUGAGGUUAGAGAAAUCAACGCAAAGGCGAAGGAGGGGGGUGGGAUGAAGCUUUUUAUGCCGUUGGCGCAUCUUGUCGAGGAAAAUGCCGAUAUUGAGAAUGCAUAUGAUCUAAUUUUCCCAUAG